AUGAAGCAGAUAUCACUCACUCCUCUAGCAUCGAGGAAUCCUGAACCUCUCAAGGUGCCUGCGCACUGGGUUGGCAGCCCGCCAACCUCUUUUAAAAACCCAUGGUCGAGCUUUGCCAAACAACACGGUCUGCUGGACGUGUUCAAAGCGCGCUUCGGUUCCGAGCGGAAUUUCAUCGCUGUGCCAGAGACACGAGACGAAUUGGUCAAAGUCAGGAAACCGGAUUUCGGUAGAAGUCUGUCAGGUUGGCAAGAAGGUCUGAAAGCGACGUGGCUGGGUCAUGCUGGCUUCCUGGUAGAGACGGCGUGCUCAGCCUCCACGACGCGACACGAAUUUUCGGCCGACGAGAAGACGGAUGUCAGAGGUGUCCGCAUCCUAUUCGAUGCAGUUUUCAGUGAGAGAACGAGCCCGGUUGACUUCUUUGGACCUAAACGCUACACACCCACGCCUUGUACGUUGGAUGAGCUGCCUGACGUCGAUCUGGUGGUGCUAUCGCACAAUCACUAUGACCAUUUGGACAUCGCUACUAUCACACAUGUAUACAAGAAGGCAAAGGCAGCCGGCAAAGACAUACACUUCUUUGCGCCCCUCGGAAAUAAGCAAUGGUUCAUAGAUACAGGCAUGGGGAUCACUGCGGACGAGGUCACCGAAUGCGACUGGUGGGAUAGUCAGAGAAUUGAGAUCGAGGGAAUUGGCAGGGUCGACCUCACAUGUACACCCGCUCAGCACACUUCUGGACGCACACCCUUUGAUGCAAGUCGGACUUUAUGGUGCUCGUGGGCUGUCGAAGAUUUGCAGUCUCAAAAGAAGUUGUUUUUCGCUGGCGACACCGCCUACAAAGCCACAUCUGCAGACACUGCUUGUCCCGCAUUCAAGCAGAUAGGCGAAGUGUUCGGAGGUGUAGAUUUCGCAAUGGUCCCUAUAGGGCUGUAUUCUCCUGAAUGGCUGUUGUCAAACGUCCAUUGUUGUCCCGAGGACAGUCUGAACAUUCACAAAGACAUUCGAAGCAAAAAGACGGUGGGUAUGCAUUAUGGAACCGUACGAGGUGGUAUUAGUGGGCAGUACGAGGAUGUUCGAGAACCACCAAGACGCUGGCAAGAAUGCUGUGCAAAGGAGGGCAGAUGGCAGACUGAAUGUUAUUUGUGUGAUGUAGGCGAGACACUUACGGCUGCUUGA